UGAUGAUUAACUGUCCAGCAGGGGGAAGGUAGUCGUCCAGUCCAGGCACUGAGCUGUCCAGCCUGCAGCAGCUUGGCCACAUCUGUCUCUGCUCUCAUUCUACUAACUUAUCUCUUCAUCCCUUCUCCUCCCGCCGUCCGUCUCCACAUCAGCCCAGGCUGGUUCUUUGGAAAUGAAGCUUUGUCUUCUGCUGCUGCUGUUUUGUGUCUGCCGUCUGGGACUGACUGAGGAGCCCAGUCCAACAGCUCUUCAUGCCUCCGGUACUGUGGAUGAAGAAGAGGACGACUCGGCUCACGGCUGUGGAGGGACGUUCAGCCCUGAGCAGCACCGGGCGAUAGGGGGCGUCGUAGAGCAACUGGGUUUACAGCUCCUGGAAAACCUUCCCAUCAGUCCACAGCAGCCAAAUGUGAUCCUGUCGCCUCUCAGCCUGGCUCUGGCCCUCGCUCAGCUCACCUUAGGUGCUCGUAAUGAGACGGAGAAGCUGCUGCUGCAGAGCCUCCAUGCCCUCCAGCUGCCGUGCUUCCAUCACAUCCUGGGGAGCCUCGUGCCUCAUUUCAGCCACACGUCUGUGGAGGUGGCAGCAAGAAUGUACCUGAAACCAGGGUUCGAUGUGAAGUUAUCCUUUGUGGAAGACUCUCUGUCCAGGUACAAAUCACAGCCUGUUCCUCUGGUCUCUGUGGAGGAAGUCAACCAGUGGGUGGAGAACGCCACCAACGGACACAUCGCCAACUUCCUGGAGAGUAUCCCGCACGACGUGGUGCUGAUGCUCAUGAACGCUGUAUACUUCAAAGGUGAGUGGCAGACACGAUUUGACCCAUCAGUGACCUCUAAGGGAGUGUUCUACCUGGACAACCAGAACUCAGUACCAGUGGACAUGAUGAAAUCUGCCCAGUACCCUCUGCGCCUGCUGGACGACCCCGAGCUGGAAGCACAGGUUGCCAGUUUUCCAUUCAAAGGAAACACCAGCUUCUUGAUCGUCCUGCCCAGAGGAAACGUGUCAUCGCUGCUUCCCAAACUGAACAUCUCCGAUCUCUACAGACGUCUACCUCUGGAGAAAACCAUGCAGGUCAGCUUACCCAAGGUGAAGCUGCAGUACCGCCAGGAGCUGCAGGAGGCGCUGACCAGCAUGGGCCUUGGCUCUCUGUUUUCUGCUCCGAAUUUCUCGGGGAUCUCUGACUUCCCCCUUAAGGUGACGAGUGUUCGCCAUGCCAGCACUGUGGAGCUCAGCGAGGAAGGCGUGAAGGCAUCGGCCACCACCGCCGUCACCUCCAUGCGCUCCGUCUCCCUGUUCUCCGUCAACUCACCCUUCCUCUUCGCCCUCAUCGAUGACGCCUCUCUGGCCCCCCUCUUCAUGGGCGUUGUCACGAACCCCGCUCCCGACCAUGACCCCAUGCUCCGUGACGAUCCCCACGGCAACGGCAAUAUCACCAUGAGCGACCAACCGGUGACAGACAGCGCCAGGAAACGAGACACAGUCGGCGACCACGGUGACGGACUACACAUCGAGGUGGUGGAGGGCAGCAGCCGGCAGCCCUGCAGCGCCCCCUCUGGUGAUAAACAUGUAAAUGAACUGCAGAAGAAGACGCAGGAAGACGAAACCUGCAUCAAACCAGACAACUCUGUACCUGCCUGAGCUCUGACAGCUUCUGAUUAAAGGAACAGAGCAAAUUUAAGUGCCAACAGCAAGUUAGCUUAGCUUAGCAUAAACACUGGAAAACACAAUCCACCUGGCAGCACUUGUAGAGUCACCAACUAACGGUAGAAUUUUCCCCAAACUGUUUCCUUUAAAGCAGAUUCAGACAAGCAGCAGAGAUGUUGCUAAAUGUAGCUUAACAGAAAGAAUGCCAAUGAAUUGUGAUUUUGGUGAUCAGGACUGAGUUUUAUAUCUAAAAAUUAAUUUGAAAUACUUCAAACUCCAGCAGAUUGAUGUUUCUGUUAUCCUAUUGAUUAAGUUUCUGAUGUGAUGAAAAUGUGAAAAUACAGUGUUCCUGCCAUGUAUUUCAACACUAUUAUACUCAGACAAAGAGAAAAUUCAGAUUUUCAUACAAAAAAGUUUUUCCAAAAAUCUG